ACAUCUCACAUAUGUUAUCCUCUAGUACUUGUACACUGGCCAAAAUACAGACGUACGUACGUACGUGUGAUGUGAGAAGCAACGUACCCUAGAUAUCAAGCUGCAUGCUUGAAUGUCGUACAUGUAGUCUUCGGAACAGAGGAUCAGUGAGAAGUGGUGAUCAACAUUAACAUUGGCUUUAUUGGCUAUGCUCUUCACACCGAGAAUGUCGGCCCAAGCCGGGCGUGUGGCGUGUUAUGCUCGCUUCUGCAGAAACUUGAGUAGCGAGGGGACCUUGAUUCAAUCCCAUUUCAAGGAUGGCGUCCAGAGAAUCACCUUGAACUCGCCCCAGACGAGAAAUGCCCUCUCUCUGGAGAUGAUGACCGGAUUGCGAAAAUCCUUGGCUGAGGCUCACGCCAACACGCAAGUACGGGCUAUUGUUCUCUCCGGGCAUGGGCCGGCCUUUUCGGCCGGUCACAACCUCAAAGAAAUGACCACGGAGGAUGGGAUCGAAAAACACCGGGAGAUCUUCCACUGUUGCAAUGAGCUCAUGUUUGACAUUGUUCGCGGGGAAUCGCCCGUGAUUGCCGUGGUUGACGGGAUAGCUGCAGCUGCGGGUUGCCAGGUGGUCGCCAUGUGUGAUAUUGUUCUGGCCACCGAGCGAUCCCAGUUUUCCACACCCGGCAGCAGUUUUGGCGUGUUCUGUUCCACGCCCGGAAUUCCUUUGGCCCGAGCUGUUCCUCGGAAAGUGGCUUCGUAUAUGUUGCUCACAGGCAAAGCCAUCAAUGCCCAGGAGGCCUUGAGAGCCGGCCUUGUGUCUAAGGUUGUGCCCGAGGCAGAUUUGGAGACCGAGGUUGAGGCCACUUGCCAAGCUAUUAUCGAAAAACCUCGGGCCAUCGUCACUUUAGGCAAACGAUUCUUUCAUCAACAACUCGAGAUGGGCCUUUCACCCGCCUUUGAGCGCGGGGGUGGGGUCAUGGUGGAUAAUCUGAAGUAUAAAGAUGCUCAAGAAGGCAUCUCUGCUUUUAAAGAGAAGCGCAAACCCACUUAUUCACAUACGUCCGAGAAAAUAUAGUUGUUGUUUUUUUGUCUAA